GCGGGGCUCCGCGGGAUCGCCGCCAGGCCGAGCAGUUCCCCGCCGCCGUCGCCGCCGCCGCCCGGCUCGCCGCCCGGGCCUCCGCGGGCCGCCGGCACCAUGGGCCAGUGCGGCAUCACCUCCUCCAAGACCGUGCUGGUUUUCCUCAACCUCAUCUUCUGGGGGGCCGCCGGCAUCCUGUGCUAUGUGGGAGCCUAUGUCUUCAUCACCUACGAUGACUACGACCACUUCUUCGAGGACGUGUACACGCUCAUCCCGGCCGUGGUCAUCAUCGCGGUCGGCGCCCUCCUCUUCAUCAUCGGCCUCAUCGGCUGCUGUGCCACCAUCCGGGAAAGCCGCUGCGGCCUGGCCACGUUUGUCAUCAUCCUGCUCUUGGUUUUUGUCACAGAAGUGGUUGUUGUGGUUUUGGGAUACAUUUACAGAGCAAAGGUGGAGAACGAGGUUGACCGCAGCAUCCAGAAAGUGUACAAGACCUACAAUGGAACCAACCCUGACGCUGCCAGCCGGGCCAUCGACUAUGUACAGAGACAGUUGCACUGUUGUGGAAUUCAUAACUACUCAGACUGGGAAAAUACAGACUGGUUCAAAGAAACCAAAAACCAGAGUGUCCCUCUGAGCUGCUGCAGAGAGACUGCCAGCAGCUGUAAUGGCAGCCUGGCCAGGCCCUCGGACCUCUACGCUGAGGGCUGUGAGGCUCUGGUUGUGAAGAAGCUGCAAGAAAUCAUGAUGCAUGUGAUCUGGGCAGCGUUGGCCUUUGCAGCGAUCCAGCUGCUGGGCAUGCUGUGCGCCUGCGUGGUGCUGUGCCGGCGGAGCCGCGACCCCUCCUACGAGCUGCUCAUCACCGGGGGCACCUACGCCUAGGGCCGCGCUCUGAUUGGCAGGUGGCGGGCCCGCCCCUCCGCGCCCCCCAGCGCACGCGCACUGCUGCCGGAGCGGCCCCUCCCAGUGCCGGCCGAGUCUCCGUGUUAGCCGGGGAGGGGGCGGGGGGGGGGGGGGGGCGGAGGCCUGGGCGCCGCCCGGCCCGGCCCCGGGUCCCGAAGGCCCCGACGCCAACCUGGUUCAAGCGGACGCCGCCCCGGCCCCUCGCCACGUCCUUCCGAACACAGCCCCGGCCCGGCGACCGCCCGGCCCGCCCCGAACACAGCCCCGGCCCGGCGACCGCCCGGCCCGGCCGCCUAGACUAGCGCAGACCCGCUCCCUGUAAAUAGGAAAGCCCCAAUAAACGCGUCCUCCCCCCACA